CAAAAGCCAAAGUAUCAUGCCCAGCAGUAAAAGUGUGCGUUUUGAAGAUCUGGACGACGGUGUGGACGACGGUCUGUAUGGGAUGAAGGGUAUCUUGAAAAACUUAUACACACAAGCCGGCAGCUAUAGGAAGUGGGUUCGCAGCCACAGCAAGAAGAGCUGCAAAGGGAGCAGUCAGUUGUGGAAAUGGAGAAAAUCCAGGUCAAAGAAUUACUCGCCCAGGGUUACCCACCCCAAGAACUACAACGAAUGGGGAUGA